AAUAGAGUGAUAAUUAUAAACAUUUACAUAUUUCAGAACAAAACUUGCCAAUCCAACAUUAGCAAAACGUAGUAUAGAUGAAGAAGAAACAUUUAGAGAGAAAUUAAAAGCAAUGCUAGACCGCAAUAAGAUGCAUGAACAACAGAAAGCCAGAGAAUAUUUGAAAAAAGACCAUAUGGAUGAAGACACUAGAGAUUAUCAUCGGAACAGCCGUGCUGAACUAAUAGGGAAAGUUGAAAAGCUGUUAACAGCGUUGGGUAAAGAUGGCCGACAAUGCGUGUUAUACAAAUUAUGUAAAGCAUCACAAUCAUCAACGCAACAAGGGACGUUCCUUGAGGAAUUACUUAGAAUUAUUUUCACGUUACCUAAAGGUACUCAAUUUACCAAAGAUGAACAUCAGGAAUAUGAUAAGGCACACACUUCAACAGAAAACUGCGAUAAGUUUUAUCCCGGAUGUAAUCAUUAUACCUGAAAAUCAUAAUUUGUAGAAAUAAAAUAUUCGUUUGAAAAAUGAUGCAUUUUUACUAUAAUAAACCUUUGUCCUAAGAUGUGUCGCGUAUCUUCGGCCGCGAAACUUUAGAU